AUGCUGGACCUGUGGGCAUCAGACUCGGGGAAGCAGCCUCUACUGCGAGUCCAAAAGGUGCGGAGCUCCCUCCUUUACACCAGCCAGCGCGCAUUUCCGGGUCUGAGCACCCUGCCAUCUGCGAGGAUGUCGUACCUCGCGAAUUCGCUCUUUGUCAGAAACCUGAGCCCGCAGGUGACUGAGACCGUCAUCCGAGAGGUUUUCAGCUCUUGCGAUGAGAUCGUGAAGGUGAGCUUCAAGCCUUACCCCAACAAUGAGACCCAGUUCUUUGCACAGGUCGAUUUCAAGACCUCGAUGGGAGUCUCUGAAGGCUCCAAGCUCACAGGUACGAAAAUCCUGGGCUGUGCCUGCAGCUGCAGCGUGAUCGAUCCGAUCCGCCAGGCCGACCAGGCACGGCAAGCAUUGGCUGCUGGCGACGUGCAGCUCGAUCCCCGGACUCUCGUAAGAAGCUCCUCGACCCCUCAGAGCCUGGUCCACGCGGUGCUUGUCCAUGUGUCGUCGCAAGUUUGGCUCAGCGCUACCAGUAGUCGCUUACAUCGCGCAGUCAAAGCAAGUGCUGCAAUCAUGCGACAGGACCUGAUCAACCCAGAAUGGACUACCGACGUGUACAGAACGCUGCCGAAGGUCAGCCACGUAGAUGUCUUUGUUUCUCACUCUUGGAGCUCCUCCCAGUUCUUGAAAACAUUGGCCCUCUGUUUGUUCAUGAAUAUGUGGAUGGCAGUGAAGGCCGCCGUAGCCACCUGGAUUGGCCUGAGCUUUGCGCUGGUCGUCUCAAUGGGAGGACCUUUCAGCCUCGGAGGUACUGACAUGCUUUGGCUCACAGCAGUGUUGGUGUACCUGCCCGUGGCUGUGUUCGUGACAGUCCUGCUGUUUGGGCAGACCAUCACCUGUGGGAGGUUCUCUCCUUCCUUUUGGUUUGAUCGCCUUUGUGUUCAGCAAAACAACGAGGAGAUGAAGAAGAUGACCAUCGCAGCACUGCCUGUUUUCGUGGCAAGCUCCAGCCGGAUGCUCGUUCUUGGAGACGAUACGUACUUCGAACGGCUCUGGUGCAACCUGGAGCUUGCGAUUUUCGCGAAGUGUUCCUCCGACCCCGGCGCAGUGCAGUACAUGCCUCUGUGGUUGGCUCCAUGGAUAUUGUCAACAAUCUUCAUGGACAUCAUUUGUAUCACCAUUGCACCGCCGCUGGAGAGCUUCGCGCUGGAUCAUCUCAGCACCCGAAUCCAGGAGUCAUUCCCAGAAGACUCCACUAUGAAGUUCUUCCUGAUGCUCAUGUUGACUUGGAUCUUCCCCGGAAUGUGCUAUUUGCCUGCAGCCCUGCCGAGCUUCUUCUCUCACGUGAGGAAGAUUCGACAGCAUGAGCUCACACUGCAGCACAUGGACUGCUUCAACAUCCAGAAUGCCAAGUGCACCUGUGAGCCAGACCGCGAAAUUAUCGAGAACCAGGUCUUGGAGCUCUUCGACGACCCUGUCGAAGUCUCCAACCACACGGACUCGCCAGGCAAGGGGCAUCUUUCACCGGUGGACAACCGAUCACCCUGGCGACGUCCUAGCAUAAACAGCUCCUGGAACGACCGUGAGCGGAGAAAACGGUUCAGGAAUUUCAACCGCUAUGUGCACGGCCCGUUGCGCGAAUCUGUGCUGCGAGGUCUCGGCAAGGAGGUUGAUAUGCCGUGGAGCUUGUGCUUGAUCUGUUUCAUGCCUUUGGUGUUCUACUCGGCCGUCAGCGUCCUCGGCUGCGACGGCAAUAGAUGCGAUGUCACUGCGGAAGAGGUGGGUUACGACACAGCUUUACAGUAUGUGGUGGCCAACGCGCUGAGCUGGAUACUGGGAUUUGGGCUGGUCAUCCCGACGACGCACCCAAUCCUGCUGCGAAUGGUCAAGGUCGUUCUCACCGUGUCCAAGAACGUGCCAACCCAGGUCUGCUUGACUGCUGUUUGCACCGUCGGCGCCUACGCGUGGGUGUUUACUUGUCAGGGAGUCAUGACGGCGACGAUGACAACAGCCAUUGUCAGACUGUCACCUUCUUUCUUUGCCGCCUUGGUCCUUCAGCUCAGCCUGCUCACUUUGCAGCUUUGGUAUUUCUUCAUUCGUUCCAGACUACAAGCGCAGACGGCGCACUCGCCACAGGAGGACUGCUAUAUGGAGUUCCAGUGA